ACAAUCACAUCCAAGAUGGAGACCGUAAAUGCUGGUCAAAUGAUGAGCUUAGCUGCUCUACAGCGACAAGACCCGUACAUAAACAAACUUCUCGAUGUUACCGGCCAAGUGGCUCUCUACAACUUCAACUCCAAAGCGAACGAAUGGGAGAAGACCGAAAUCGAGGGCACCCUGUUUGUUUAUGCAAGGUCUGCCUCGCCUCACCACGGCUUCACCAUCAUGAACCGACUGAGCACAGAGAACCUGGUGGAGCCGAUCAACAAAGACCUGGAGUUCCAGCUGCAAGAUCCCUUCCUGCUCUAUAGGAACGGCAACUUGGGUAUCUACAGUAUUUGGUUCUACGACAAGAGGGACUGUCAGCGAAUCGCUCAGCUAAUGGUCAAGAUUGUGAAGCAAGAAGCAGACCAUGCCCAGAGAGAGUCACCAGAGAAGGCAGAGCCGGGGAGGACCAAUGGUGUCGCAGAACCACGGUCCAUCGACAUCCUGGAACUGCUCAGCAAAGCCAAGGAGGAAUACCAGAGAGCACAGGCAGGUGAAACAGAUGUAUCUACAGAGCCUAAUGUGAAAGCAGCUGUCAACACCACAGAGCAUGUGCACAGCACACCUCUACCUGAAAAGAGCUCUCAUACAGUGGUGAAGCAGAUCACAGUUGAGGAGCUCUUUGGCUCAUCCCUCCCUAAGGACACCUCUCUACCCACAAUGCCCUCACAGAACACCACCACUGCCUCCAGUGAUCCCUCCACUGCUUACCUCCAGAACCAGUCUUAUCCCCCUCCAGCCCACCAGAACCCACUCUUUCCUCCCCCUCUCGCAGCCCAAGACACUGGGUCGGGUCAGCGCCACCAAGUCCCCGGCUUGCUCCCAGCUCCAUAUGUGCUACACCCCAGCCCCGUUUUCCAGUCAGUGGUCCCCAGGUCAGAUCCCCAACCUCGAUGCUCAGUCUCCCCGCUCAUGGUGCUUCCGCCUGGCUCAGAGCCUCGAGUUGCUCCCCCUGGUCCUGCAGCACCCCCAGCAGCUCCUACGACCUAUUUGGGACAGGAUAUGCUCAGCGCCCUCAAAGCGCCAGUGCCAUCUGUGAAUUCAGACAUCCACAAACCCAUCCUCGCACCCAACUUCCUACCAAGCGCGCUGUUCCCACCCCACAGCUUCCAAGAACCCAUGGGGAAACCCCUUCUCCAGCACAGCAAGGAGAUGGAUGUUUUCUCUCAGCCCCCAAACCUGAUCAAAUCCAUGUCUGCUGUUCCCAUGAGUCCAGGUCUUGCUGUUCCAGGGCAGUCGAUGUCUGUACUUCUCUCCCCCAGCGCCUUCCAGCAGUCCAUCAAUAAGACAACAGCUGCAGCAUUGGUGGUCCCUCCUGCCCCCUCUGAGCCCUCCUCCACCUCUGUAGGCACUUUAGAGCCUCCACAAGCAGCCUGCAGCAAAACACAGCUACAGGAUACUCUGAUACACCUCAUUAAGAACGAUCCAGACUUCCUCAGUGCCAUUCAUGAUGCUUACCUGCAGAGUCUCUCCAAGGACUUCAGCAACAUAAAGCUAUAGUCUGCUUCAACCAUCACUACUAUCACUCUCAGUGCUACGACCCCUUUGUGACUUUUGAAGAAUCCAGACAUUAAUGGGAGAUAGAAGAAGUGCAGGAUAACAGGUUUUUGACACACUGUACACCACAACUCUACAAACUACUCUGUUUUAUGGGGAAAAUAUAGCAUGCAGCGUGCCGUUCAACCCUCUGAUCUUCACUCCAAACUUGUUUUUUGAGUUCUCACCUGAACACUGACGCUGUCCUGGCUACUCACGUUAACUUGGAUCGACUUUUUUGUCUGCUUUAUUAAGCCAGAACUACUGUUGGGAGAGAAGCAAGGAGAUAAAACUUGCCAGUGUGGCCUUGAGUUUUCAUAUUCACUUUAUAAAUAUGAUAAAACAGUUUGCCACGCACUGGUAAAGUUAAGCUGUUGCUGGUUUAUUUCACUUGAGGACGGGACCAAAGCAGAGCUUCGGUGACCUCAGAUCAUUACACUCUUAACCUUUGGACAGAUGAUUGUGGAGCUUGAACAGUAUGAGAAUCACAGAUGCUGCCUCUCUUACUCAUAUGUCUUUGGACUUCUCGCAGUGCGGGAGUAUGGGAACAGAGAAAACAAGAGAAGAGAAAGACCUCUGUGCUGAGGACCUCAGAACUGUUUUGGGGGUCUUUGCAGACAGACUGUCUAACUGUGUGGCAUUAAAAGGACUGCUCAUUUUCGCUUUUUGACCUUCACCCUCAAAGCAUUGCUAAGGCCUGUAUUUUCCUGAUAACACUGCAGAGAUGGCGAACAAUUUUUGUGGCAUUUUGUUUUUGUCGGUGUCCUUUAUUGAGGAGAUUGUUGAGGUUUUUUUUUUUCCCCCCAACCCUUUUCCAAGGAAGAAAAAGAACUUCCGUUAUUGUUUGGAGAAGCACUUGCAGCUAAAUCUAAGAAUCAGUUCCUCUCAGCUGCUCUUUUAAUGUUACGUUACAGACUGCAAAGUGUUCAUAAACACUACCCAGCUUCUUGCUACCUUUCUCCACAUUUCUCUCUACCCUUGCUCUUUCUCUCUCUGUGUGUCUUUUUCCUCGUCUGUGUCGUUCAUCUUUCCUCCACCAGCUGAGCUCAGUACUUGAUGUUCUUGGAGAGGAACGUGCAAUAGACGACAGUCGCUAUGCCUUUAGAGAUACCAGCAUUUUGGGAUACUUUAAGAUGGUACAGUAGAACUAAAUUUAUUUGAACCACUGGGUUCUGGUUCUGCAACGAUGUUGAAUUUAAAUAUCACAAAAAACUAAACACAACUUGCUAUUGAUUUUUGGAUCAUGUUUACCUUCACACCUUAAAUAUAAAAUAGAGAGCUGAUAUGCUUUUGAUAGCUUCAGUAAGUUUCAAACCACUUGAGUUUCAACCUGUAAUCCAAAUUAAUGAUGAAAAAUAUAAACUACCUCUAUUCCUGUCACUAAAUUUAUUUUUUCUGGCCACAGCUACGUCUCAAGUCACAAGACUGUGAAGACAAAUUGAAUUGUGGUACCUUGUCAGGCUUUUUUGCAGUAAAAGGCUACUGCAGUACAGAACCAUUAACCCUGCAGAGCGCAGUAGGGAACAGGAAACAGCACAUCUGUCUAUUGAUGCAGUUUGAGAACAAAUAACUGAUCUAAUGUGCAUCAGAAAAUCAGUUUGAAAAUAGUACAAAAAAAUGCUUAUUAUGUGGCUUGGGUGUAUUUUCCACCACACAACAGGUUACUAAUAAGUUUCAAUUGCCCUGUUGUCACAGAAUGUUCAGCGCAUACAAGACCAUUAAAACUAAAAAGCAUAAAAAUUUAAGUUGUAGUUUUCUUGCAAAUGGUACAGUGAUGUUUGGCGUCAGUCAGCUCAUGGAUGAUCAGGCUGCUUCUACACACGCUACUGUUCAGAUGUCUGUAGUUCUCUAAGCAUUCAAUACGCAAAGUCAUAGGAGACUUUUUUUUCCAGGUUUUGCAAACAUGAAUUGCUGAAAAUUUGGAAAUGACUCACAGGAGUGAUAUGAAUUUCUGCAUAAACACCUGUCUUGAUUGUGAUAACACAGCUCUUCAUUUGAUCUUGCUAUUUGAAUGUAUUUGAUUCUUUGCAAUAUGUAUGUGCCAGUCUUGUUGUCUUCUGUGUCCUGCAUAUUUAAGUUGAACUCAGAUCCACAUGCUUUCAGUACCAACCAACAAUGUUUUUCUUUCUCUUUUUUUAAUUUGCAAAAUCAAGAUUCAUAAUGUGAAAAGAAAAUGUCCACAGCCAGGGAGCAAAUCAAAUAAUUUGUACCCUUCUUUGCCCUGUUGUUAUUAUUUUUUCAUUUCGGAGGUCAUGUUGCCAACACCACUGGCAUGUGUUGGUUAAAUAAACGCACACAGGAAAAAUGACUGAAACCAUAGACGUUUUUUAAUCCCGGUCACAUAUUUAAGGUUUUAUGAUUAUUUUAGGCGUUGGUAUAAUUUAUCGUAUCGGCCAGAGAUUUGAUUUUGGGAAAGUCUUUGCAGAAAUUAUAUUAAUUUUCCAAAAUUGUUGCCACUGUACAUAAUUUGGUUUAUUUUGACUAUUUUGUGAUAUUAAAGAAUUGAAAAUA